AUGGUAAAGUUUCUGCUGCUGGCUUUGGCAUUUGGUCUGGCUCAUGCUUAUGCUGAGCUUGAAGGAAAGUGGGUUACCACUGCCAUCGCUGCUGACAAUGUUGAAAAAAUAGAGGAAGAAGGACCUCUGAGAAUCUAUAUUCGUGAACUUACUUGUAGUGAAGCAUGUAGUAAAAUGGGAGUCACAUUUUAUGUCAAUGCGAAUGGCCAAUGUUCAGAGACCAAAGUCAUUGGGUAUAGGCAAGAAGAUGGCAAGUACAAAACCCAGUUUGAAGGUGACAACAGAUUUGAACCAGUGCAUGCAACACCAGAGAACAUAGUCUUUACCAGUAAGAAUGUGGAUAGAGCUGGCCAGACAACUAACCUGAUUUUUGUUGUUGGAAAAGGUAAACCUUUGACUCCUGAACAAUAUGAAAAACUUGAAGAAUUUGCUAAGGAACAAAACAUUCCAAAAGAAAAUAUUAGAGAUGUUCUGGCUACAGUUUCUCCAACUUCUUCAUGA